AUGUACAUUGAAAACUCCAUUAACGAAAAAUACCUAAGAACGUUGAAUUUGGGGUGUUUUCCGAAAAACGUCCUAAACUUCCAAGAAAGCCAGGACUAUUUCCAGCAGUUGGUGUUCAUCGACUACCAAUUGCAGUUGCUCAUCCAAAAUGAAUUCAAUGGCAAAGAGUUGGUGAGCGUUCUCGAUUACCAGCAAAUAUAUCACGGGUCGGCGAUUGACAACCCCAAGGAGAAAUUGAUCCAGUUGAUCAACUACACCAACUCGAUCCAUGUCAACUACCAGCACGAGCCAAAGACAGCGCGAAGUUUUGAAGAAAACUUGUACUACAUCACGUUGAUGACGAAUUUAUUAUUCUUGGAUGGCAACUUGCCGGAAAUGAAUAGGUUGCUCACGUCAAUCACAGUGACUUACCAAGUCAACAAGAAAGCCCACGCCAAUGUGUCACAAAGCUCCUUGGAAUUUAUACAAUAUCUCACAUGUAGAUAUUAUGUAUUGUUGGGAUUGAGUUUACCGGGCAACACCCAAGUGUGGACGGAAUACUUGGGCCACUUUAACAAACCUUUUUCCAAAUCUCAAGUCACGGCAAACCACUGGUUGGACUUGAUGUUUGCCAAGUUGGCGUUUGCCAUUGGCCAAAAUGGCGCCGUGCAAUUGUCCUUCACCAACAAUGUCAUCAACUUGCCGUUCCACAAAAACAAAUUGUCCACGAUUGCAUUUGCAAAUUAUUUAUUGAGACCCGAGAAUUUGAAAUUGGUCAACAAGUCUUUUAAAACCGAAUAUUCUUCCUUCUUAACGGUGGACAUUAACGAGUGUAUCCACUCGCAGUUGAAGUUCCCCGAUGCAAGCGAUGACAAUACCCAAGUAAAUGACUUUAUCAAUAACCUUUACGAGUCCUUGAGCUAUGUUCCUUUCAACUUGGCCAUUUUCAAACCAUCAUUGUCCAAAAAAUUUCUCGUUGACGCAACAAGGAAAACCUUUCAAAGCAGAAUUGUUUUGUCAAAUUUGAUCUACACUUUGAUUGAUUUGAACGAGUAUGACGAGGCCCUUGCAGCAUUCAACACCUAUAUCGCCUACCUGGAGAAGGACCAAGAACAGUGCCGCGGGUACAUUGAUGACAUUUUGGCAAUCAUUGACACUUAUAGCACAUGUCUCAUUCAUUUCAACCCAUUAAAGGCGUUUAAAAGCGGAAGCAGCAGUCUCAAAAAAUUCCAAUACAGCGACGAGGCCUUUGUUGCCGAUAAUUUAAAGAAAUAUGCUCAGCAGUUGAAAUUGUACAUGACCAAAUUGGGAGAGUUGAUUGAUUUGACCUAUGACGAUGAAAACUAUGCUGGCGAUCGCAACCCAUUGUCGUUCUUGUACAGGAAAUAUAAUUUGAAUGUGUUGCAAUCAGACCACUCGCAGUUUAUCGAAUUGAUUUCGAAAGCAUGGCAUGCCAUUGGAUUUUACCAUUCAUACUUGGCUGUGGGGCAGUCGCCAAACCAAAAGAUUUUGGAUACUCACAUUUACGAGGUCUUGAGAAAUUACAAAAACUCGUUGAUCAUCAACUCUACGGGAAAUGUCCUUUAUUUGUUCACAUAUGCCUUGGCAUUGGCCAACAAGGGCGAAUUGAAGCCAUCGUUGAAACUAUGCAAGUUCAUUUUGAAAAAGUAUCCCGAGUCGUUUAGGACUUGGAACUUGUUGGUGUUGUUGAUCACCUCGUUCAACAAUGACAAUCCGGAAGUCAACAAGCCUGCUGGAAACUACACAAAUAUAUUACCAGAUAAUUUCCUCCAUGAAGAUGACAAUGAAAUUGGGAAUGGGAAAAACCUACCAAACGGAGGUGUGGCAAUUGACCAGCAUGUCAACUCCUACGUCCCGCCCACGCCAACCAUGCGUGAACCCGAGAAAUUCAUCAACAAGGCAUUGAACAUUUCCGGAUUGUACAUCUUGAAACACCAGCAGAGAAACAUUGCCUUGACGAACGAGGCAAAGCAAGAGAUUCUCCAGUUGAAAAUGACCCAGAUGGCGGUUUUGGAGUCAAUCCACGGAGCUCAGUACAUGAUUGACUACAUUCCAGAGGUGUUUGUCCUCUACCACGAAUUAUUUCAAGUGCAAUUGGCACCUCUGUCAAGCUCAAGACAAUUGGGUUCGCGCGAGAAAUGGUCACAUAGACCAACGUUUAUUGAUGCAAAGACUGCUCAUAGUGCCAGCACUACAACACCAAGUGCUAUCCCCAUGCAGCCUAAAAAGGCAGCAACCACGCCGGCUCCUAUAACGGAGAUGCCCAAACGCAGUGAAACCAAAGUUGAUGCUUUGAAACACAGGUCGCAUAAUGCAGUCGACAAGUUGAAGAGGCUCUCGAAGUUGCCGGCGAAGGAAUUGUCGUCGAUGAAAAGAAGAGAGUCGGUUUCCUCGUACAAAUCAGCCAAUCAAGAUGAGUUCCCAAACCACAGUGAGAAAAGACCAGUUGGCAAUGUAAUUGCAGGUAAGGAAAAUGCACCUGUUGCCAACAACAACUACAACACCACCACCACUCAUACUACUACUACCACUACCACUGUUCCUCAACGUUCUGAUCAUCAGCGACACUCGGCUUCUGCUGCGGCUCCACUCCAUCAAGAUCACAUAUUCGAGCGUAAAUUGCUCCAGGAUAUCUGGUUGUGGACUGCGCGCAUAUUCUUGAAAGCCGGUUUAUUGGAUGAAUGCGAGCAAAGUCUUAACGAGGCCGAGGUCAUCUACGAGCCAAACGUCAAGGUUUUCAUUGCUACUGGAUACUUGCACUCGAAGCUGAAAAAGUUCUUUGCGUUGCAAGAGUUUGAGCGGUCGUUGGAGAUUCUUGAUAAAUCGGACAGAUUCAAUAAAGUUGACCAUGGACUAGCCAUCCUUGGACUCGCCAAGCUUUUCCUCGUUGACGACAAGACCACCAAUAGCCUAUUUGUUUCCACGAAAGAUAUGGAUGCAGCCAUCAUCCGGUUGAAGAAUUUGUUGGAAAACUACUCGCUCAGUUGGCCCUAUGGGGUCAACAAUCCCGAAGUUUGGUUCUAUCUUUCCAAAAUCUAUGAAAUCAUCGAUGACAAGAUUCUUCUAACCAAGAGUUUAUGGAAAUGCAUCGAUUUGGAAGAUUUGAGGCCGGUGAGAACCUUUGAAAUUUGUAAUUCUUGUUGA